AUGGCCCCCCUUAUCAAACCCAUCCUCCUCCUCCUCGCCGCCCUCACGGCCCGCCCAGCCCUCGCCUUCACCGGCGACAUGACGUACUACACGCCGGGCCUCGGCGCGUGCGGGAAGCACAACUCGGCGAGCGACCACAUCGUGGCGCUGUCGCCGGCGCAAUACGGGCACGACGCGAACCCGAACAAGGCGCGGGUGUGCGGGCGCGUGAUCCACAUCCGGCACGCGGGGAGGACGGCCUCCGCCACCGUCGUCGACAAGUGCAUGGCGUGCGCGUCCGGCUCCAUCGACGUCAGCCCCGCCGUGUUCCGGCUGCUGGCGCCGCUGGACCAGGGCCGCGUCAAGGGCGUCGAGUGGGGGUACGCGGGGGCGAGCUCCGUGCGCGUGGAGGAGCUGGGCGACGGGGAGGUUAGGCUUGAGGUGGUGGAAGAGGUGAAUGAGGAGUAUGCGAGGUUUGAGAACGUUACUGAGAGCGAGCUGUGAGGGGAGUAAGAGAGGAAGGGAGUAAGGGGCGAGUGGUGGUGAGGGGUGGUGAGAUGUUGAUGAGUGGUUGGUGGGUGGAACUGGAUGGGAAGAAGGGGAGAGAAUAGGUUAGAUGGCUGUUGAGGAAUAGGACUUGGAAAGAGAAGACUGGCAGGUAUCUAAACAAAUGUAAUUUCUUUCCUUCAUCCAUCCUUAAUAUUCGCUUCUAGCAACGCGUAAGACAAGGGCCAAGUUGUACAUAAAUAUAUAAAUAUACAUCGAUCUACAUACCCCCUCUCUCUCCAAUAUCUUCCCACAGGACGCUAAUAGCAACAACCUAAUUGCGCUGCUGUUGAGAAUAACCCGCGGCAAAUU